AUGCGUAAAGGUAUGAAAUCAUAUGUAAAAAAAGGAGAUGGGCAUGCAACACACACUUACAUUAUAAAGGAGUCAAGAAAAGGGGUUGGUAGGAGCUAUGUUAGGAAAAACUACACCGAGACUUCUAUUAUCAUAAUUAGUACCUAUCCUUUUUUGCUACAAGCCUCUAAUUCUAGCCUUGCACAAAUAGAGCAGGGGAGUAAUUCAAGACCACAAGAAAUCAUAGCAGUUGAACAGCCAUCGGCUUUUUUGUCUCCGCAUGCGGUUUCGGAGGGUAGCUUCGAGUUUAUAGCUACACAUCCCGGGGUUAUUGAAGUAUUUCAAGAUAAGAUUCAGUAG